UACAUACAUUUUUUUUUCUUUCUGAAGAGAGACAGAGGAGGGGGACAUGAGGGCAGUGUAGUGGGAUGGGAACGAAGCGCUUUGAUUAGAGAUCUCCGAGGAGAAGAUUGCUCUCUCCAGAUGCUGAUUUCCAAAGCACUUGACAAUCACCGGCAAAAUCCAAGAGCAGGCGGCGGCAGCAGGACAGCUCCAGCCAGGUGCUGAGUCCUGCCCAGCUCUCACUAUUCAGACAGAGACUCCAGGUCCAGGCCAGGACCUGCCCUCCACCCAGUGCCCUGGAAGACGGCGGCCAGCUCUACCAACUGCUGAGAAGGCGGGUAGGGCAAAAAGGCAGCGUGAGUGGCUGUGGCUGUCCCCGACAGGGCUCAGGCAUCCCCUGGUGACCAGCGGUGCCCGCAGCCCCAGCCCCAUUUCAGGCUCCGACUCGGCUGGAAGGCAGCUGAUACGACCUAGGGUUCCUAGGCUUGCCCAACCGCGACCCGGGUUCAUCUGGAGCGGCGCCUGGACCCGCGAUCCACAGAGAAGACGGUGGAUCCCAGUAGGGACUGAGCGCCCAUACCCCUCUCCCCAGCUUCCUUGGUCCACCUCCCCGAGGGCAAGCCGCAGUCCGCACCGCCUUUCCCCUCUCCGGUGCUCCGAGCUCCUCUUUCCUCUCUCCCCACCUCCCUCCGGACCCAUUCCUGGACCACCAUGGCCGCGGCCAUAGCCAGCGGCUUGAUCCGCCAGAAGCGGCAAGCGCGGGAGCAGCACUGGGACCGACCGUCAGCCACCCGGAGGCGGAGCAGCCCCAGCAAGAACCGCGGGCUCUGCAAUGGCAACCUGGUGGAUAUCUUCUCCAAAGUGCGCAUCUUCGGUCUCAAGAAGCGCAGGUUGCGGCGUCAAGAUCCCCAGCUCAAGGGUAUAGUGACAAGGUUAUAUUGCAGGCAAGGCUACUACUUGCAAAUGCACCCUGAUGGAACUCUCGAUGGAACCAAGGAUGACAGCACUAAUUCUACACUGUUCAACCUCAUACCAGUGGGACUGCGUGUUGUUGCCAUCCAGGGAGUGAAGACAGGGUUGUACAUAGCCAUGAAUGGAGAAGGUUACCUCUACCCAUCAGAACUUUUUACCCCUGAAUGCAAGUUUAAAGAAUCUGUUUGAAACUAUUAUGUAAUCUACUCAUCUAUGCUGUACAGACAACAGGAAUCUGGUAGAGCCUGGUUGGGAUUGAAUAAAGACGGACAAGCUAUGAAAGGAACAGAGUAAAGAAAACCAAACCAGCAGAUCCAUUUUCUACCCAAGCCAUUGGAAGUUGCCAUGUACCGAGAACCAUCUUUGCAUGAUGUUGGAGAAACGGUCCCAAAGGCUGGGGUGACGCCAAGUAAAAGCACAAGUGCAUCUGCAAUAAUGAAUGGAGGCAAACCAGUCAACAAAAGUAAGACAACAUAGCCAGAUCCUCACAGGUGUUGUGACUUACUCUUCCUGAGCACAGUUGAGUAAUUUAUCCUUGCCAAACAUUCUGCUCCAUGGCUGAGGAGCAGCUGGAAGUAAGUGGAUGCUUGCUAUUUGCUAUUUUGAACUUUUUGGUUGCAAGUGGAUAAAUCUCAACCUGUUGCACCUCCUACAACAAGAAAACACCUGAAUAACCAGCUAAACUCAGACCAUGGAAUUGCCCUACCAUAUAUGGAAUGCCUUUUUUAAUACCUUUUCUGUGACUGUGACACUUUCAUGUGAAUGCAUAUUACUUCACAAGUACACUCGAUACCUGGCCUGCUGACAGCUACCCAUAAUCCUUUUGAGUCCUGUUUCAGCAACCUCCAUGUGUUUUAAGUUCAAUUUUGUAGCACACAGUACUGAGUAAUUUCUAGGUAGAAGCUGUUAAACCUGUGCUCUUAUGGAUUUCUCUCCUUCCCAUUUUUACAGGCUGCUUGCUCCCACUGUCUGUGACCUAUUGCAGGAUGCGUUUCUCUAAACCUUAAAUGUUGCAGUUGACUUAUUUCAGAGAGUGAUAUAGGGAAUCAGGAAGCUUCCUAACCUCUUACUACAAAUUGUAUCAUAAAGGUCAGGAGUGGUGUCUCCAGCUCACACUAGCAAUUAAACACACAUACGCACUGUUCAUUGGCAGGUACUGUGAUCCUGAGGUUGGCGUUGCUGGGGUGAGAAACCCAGCAGUGUUUCUCACUGGGGUCAAACACUGUACAUGGGAUGUUCUCUAAGAUAUGUGUUUGACAUCCCCCUAUAGUUUCUUUGUGUGUGUGUGUGUUUUAUACAUAUCACAAGCUUACUGGUAAUGGUAACAUUUGCCUUGCCCAGCGAGCAAGACCCACUGGUUUUUGAGAAAGUGGGUCCAAAGAACUCUGUAGGCCUUGUAGGCCUGAUUAAGGUUCAUUUUUCAUCUACUAUUCCUCAUUAUUUGGAAAAAAAGAAAAAAUCAAUAAUUACAACUUAUAAGAGUUGCGCUACCUAAAUAUAUUUCAGAUAUAAUCCUUCCUAUUUUUAAUGAACCAAAUUUAAUGCCAUCCCGGGUUUUGGCUGCGUUCCACUCACACUCAGCAGAGCAUGGGCAAGGCGGCUGUUGUGUUCUUUUCUGCAGCAGCAAUGCAAACCUUAGUUAUAAUUAGACUUUAAUAUUUUUUGGUGUUUAAAGACAGGUUUUUAAACUGGACACAUUAGGAAAAAAUAUUUUUUUUAGCUCAGCAUGCUGAGUCAGGUACUGUGUAUUUCACCAGUCCAUACCUCUAACUCAACUUCUUAGGGCCCAGGUUGCCCAGUGGCUGGGAUAGAGGUGCCUUGCCAUGAUCUUAGAAUGCAGUCUGUUGAAUUAUUCUAGAUAAAAUUAAAGGCAAACCAACACAUUUAAACAUCAGGUUGCUGGCCCAUUCAACCAACUUACUUUUGUUUUAUUUGCUUUCUUAAUUUUCUUUUAAAUAACUCUGAGCUUAGGGGAGACAACUCCCAAGAAAGGCCAUGAAUAGUUGAGACAACACAGUGAAGAAACCAUGCAAAGUGUUCAAUAUUCAAUAUAAAGAGUUGCAAAAUGUUUAAUAUUAAACUGUUUGGAAAUACAUUGUCAAUUCUGUGUAUACUUAAUAAAAUUCAAUGUUUUGUCCUCAGAAGAAUUGAGACCAAACUGAACCUCAUUUAUAGAAAACUACAUGUGGGAUCAUUAUACUGGCCUCUUGUUAUUAAUUCUAUGUUGAAGGAUGAUCCAGUCACUAUUUACCCCCAUCUGCACUGUAUUUCCUGAGAAAUGAUUUUGUCACUGCUUUUCUAAGUCUCCAUGACAGUUCUUGCCCAGCAUUUUAAAAUAUUGGCCUGCUUAGCUGGUUAAAGAUUUAGUAUAAGUUUAA